UAAGACAUCCCGGAAGUUAUAUACAGAAGGUGAACUUAUAAACAAGUGUAGCUAGCAAAGUGCUCGGAUAGCUAGCGUAAUUCUGUUGCAGAGUGUGAAGCAUUAUAACUAUAUAUAUUUAGUUUUUUUUGUUUGUGUAUACGGUGCUAAAUAAUUACAGCUAAAUACGUAGAUUCGGUUACCGGAAUUCCGAAGAGACUAUCGAAGAGGAGCACCGUCGCUAGCUACGUAGCUUAGCAUUGUUUGUCUCGUAUGAUACUAGCGAGCUAAUUCGCGUCAAUACUGUAUCGCGACGAUUUCUACACAUACAACAGCAAGCGGGCAGGUCUUCAAUGGCAGACGACUUUGAUAUCGAGGCGAUGCUUGAAGCGCCUUACAGGAAGGGUGACAGCAAGUCCUAUAGUGCAAACGGCUAUGAAGAACACAGCCGGAAGAAAAGGCACAGUCGGAGUCGCAGCCCAAGUGCCGAUCGUCGCAGGAGUAGGAGCAGAGAGCGCAAGAAGGGCAAGGACAAGCGUAAGAGCCGCAGUCGGGAGAGAAAGCGGUCACGUAGCAGAGAGCGCCGUUCUCGAAGUCAAGAAAGGCAUGGCCGUUAUCGAGGUCACAAAAGCCCACACCGCAGACGUUCUCGAAGCAAGAGCCCAGUAAAGAAAGAGAAGAGUCCAAUUAGGAAACCAAUCGAUAAUCUGAGUGCGGAGGAGAGAGAUGCCCGCACGGUAUUCUGCAUGCAGCUGGCUGCCAGAAUCAGACCCAGAGACCUGGAGGAGUUCUUCUCUGCGGUGGGCAAAGUACGUGAUGUAAGAAUGAUUUCAGACAGAAAUUCUCGCAGAUCUAAGGGUAUCGCAUAUGUUGAGUUUGUGGAAACUACGUCGGUGCCCCUGGCUAUUGGGUUGACGGGACAGAGGCUGCUGGGAGUGCCAAUCAUUGUUCAGGCCUCGCAGGCUGAGAAAAACAGAGCAGCGGCGGCAGCAGCGGCCCUUAACCUGCAGAAAGGCAACGCAGGGCCAAUGCGGCUCUAUGUGGGCUCCCUGCACUUCAACAUCACAGAGGAAAUGCUCAGAGGCAUAUUUGAGCCCUUUGGAAGGAUUGAAAGCAUCCAGUUGAUCAUGGACAGCGAAACUGGCAGGUCAAAAGGUUAUGGCUUUAUAUCGUUUGCAGAUGCUGAAUGUGCCAAGAGGGCCCUAGAGCAACUGAACGGUUUUGAGCUGGCCGGGCGGCCCAUGAAGGUGGGGCAUGUGACAGAGCGCUCAGACGGCUCAUCUGCCAGCUCUUUCUUGGACAAUGAUGAGCUGGAGAGAACAGGCAUCGACUUGGGCACCACAGGCCGAUUGCAGCUGAUGGCACGUCUUGCAGAAGGUACAGGGCUACAGAUUCCUGCAGCUGCAAAGCAGGCUCUGCAGAUGAGUGGCUCUAUCCCAUUUGGUAACCUUCCCGGAGUGAUUCCUGCACCAAGCAUGAACCAGGCCAUGAACCUCCCCACCCAACCCCUGGCCACUCAUUGCCUACAGCUUUCCAACAUGUUCAGCCCACAGUCGGAAAACGAGCCAGGCUGGGAUAUCGAAAUUCAGGAUGAUGUUAUUGAAGAGUGCAAUAAACACGGAGGUGUUGUUCACAUAUAUGUAGACAAGAAUUCUGCUCAAGGUAAUGUGUAUGUUAAGUGUCCGUCUAUCCCGGGUGCCAUGGCUGCCGUCAGUGCCCUGCAUGGUCGCUGGUUUGCAGGCAAAAUGAUCACUGCUGCCUACGUGCCCCUCCCAACCUACCACAACCUGUUCCCUGAUUCAGUCACAGCCAUCCAGCUGUUGAGACCCACACGCCGGUGAUCCAUACUCGUUCUGCGCAGUCCGAAUCUUCGGACUCUCCCCGUCUCUCUGCAUAGCCCAGAGAUCCAAACAUAUUGUCCUGCCCUUUUUUUAGGACAGCUGCUGUCUGUCCCUGGAGAUCCAUAGCACAUUCUAGAUCUCAGAUGUACACAGUUGCCUGAGGGUGUAGAUGAAAGCUGGCUGGACUAGGUUAGCAAAAAAAAAAAUGGCCCUGGGCUGUCGUCCUGGAUGUUCUCGGCUGUCUGGGAUCUCUUUACGUUUUUAGCUUUUUGUAAUCACACUUUCAUUUUGUAAAGAACUCUGCAAUUAAAAUGGCUUUGAAAAUAA